AUGCUGUCGCACCUGCGCUUCCAUCGGCGUGGGGGACCCUCCAAUCCGGCCUCCCCUGCCGGGGACCAGCAGCCCUCCCCGUUGAGCAACACAAACUCACCGUUUACCCCCGAUGCCGUCUCGUCGCCGGACACGCUGCCGCCGACUUCAACCACGUCUCUUGUUCCCCCGACGCUGCCGCCCAUUACGCGAGUAACAUCGGACCAGUCCCCGCCCCUGCACGACUUCUACUCUGAUGCGCGCGUCCCGCCCCUCGAGCAGCGCAUGCCGCAGCCUACCCGCCCGUCCUAUGCCAAUGAUUCAGGUUUUAUCGGCGGCGUCGCCUUGGAAAAUUACAGACGCGAUCUGCGGGCGCAAAAGGCACUUGUCACACCCGAGACCAAGACUGCGCAGCAAUUCGACGACCAGCAUAUUCGCGCCAAGAUAAGCCCCGCUGCUGCUGCGCCGCCUGUUGCACCGAGGCCGAACAUGCCGUCGCAGGGCUUCUCCAGAGUAUCGUCACACUCAUCCAUCUCGCCUUCCGAAGGCACCGGGUCCUUGCAGCCUACCGGUCGCCGUCCGCCAGGCUUGGGUCUUAACAGCGAGGGAACAUCGUCGUCCUCUUCCGUCACGAUUACGCCCAUGGAACCUCACAAAGCAAAGAAAGGCUUGCCGUUCCUCAAAAAUCCAAUGUCUACGCUUUUGAUGCGACGCAAGAUAAACCAGAAUGUACCCGAGGCCCUGCCACUACCCUCACACCCCCACCAAGACUCCGAGCCUACCUACGAUCCACGCAUCAAGGGCACUCGCGUCCACGACUUUAGUGCGCCUAGACGGCGCAGCAUCCCGCGAAAUGAUUCUUUACAAACAAUAGCUGGACCUCCGAUUUCUGAGUAUCAAAGCGGGCCGGGCUCGGUGCCGCUUUCUACACCAGCGCCUCUGUCUGCGCCAGUGCCUGAACAAGAGCCGGCACAAGUGCCCACCACCAACCGAGACGUUACACCAAGCCACCUUUCGACGAGCCAGAGCUCACCACCUGCUUCUACUUCAGCCACACGGAAUGGUUCUUUCAAAGACAGAAUGCGCAGCUCUAGUGGCUCUUCCAUGUCUGGCUCUGUGCAGUAUGAGAACCUCUCUAGCAUAGCCGAAAACAAUGCCCACCGCGCCUCUGGUUCUUUGCGGCGUGUUAAUCCAUCAACACGAACAACACGCUCUAGGAAAAUAUCCUUAUCUGAAAUGUCAAGCAGAGAUACUAUGGCAUCGUUGCCGCGACAUAUGAAAAGCACAAGCUCCAGGUUCAGCUUUGAUAUGAUAGGAGCCGCCAAACAGGAGAAGAUUUUGGAAGAGCGCCAUCGACAGCGGCAAUUAGAAAAGGGCGAACCAGAGACUGAUGAGCGAAGAGACUCGAGAUUUGACGAAUUUGAUGAAGAUGCAUUCGACUACGACGCCAUGAUGGAUGACGACGGCCUUGAGGAAAGGAUACCAGGUGUGAAUGCCGACUAUGACGAGGAAGACGAUUACCUCAAUGAGACUCCGUAUAUACAGGAAGACCAAUUUGAUCCCCAGGAGGAUCCCGACAAUGAUCAGCAAAACUUUUCCGGAUUUAUCUUCGAGAGAUCGAAUCCUGAGUCGUCACUCGCAAGUCCUCACCUGCCAGGCCAACUACCCAAUACUCCUCGAGAUGCUCAGGGUCACCCUAUCGGAUCAGCGCUCACUAAAGAUACACCGACGACAGCUACCUUUCCCGUGUCGGCGCAGACCAACGUCAGUGACAUAGACCCAGCUUUCGUGCAGCAGCUCUCCGGGCUCGGAAUUAAUGAACAGCCGUCUCUGGGAGACGAGGAGAGGCCAUUGGACACCUCAGCCAAUGCUCUGGGAUCGGUGACAGAAGAUGAGAUGUAUUUUGAUGACGGCAUCAUUGGAUACGAAGACGAAUUUGCCGAAGAUCUCGCCGCAGAGCUCGACCCGAAUGCCGAGCCAUUUGACGAAUCUAUAUUUGAUAAUGACGAUACGGAUCAAUUCGGCCGCCCGGUUCCUGGGGCAUUUGCUAAUGCCAAGUCUUUGCGACAAACCGUCAGCCAGUCUAGGAAGAGAGAGUCCGACAUGACAUCACGCUUCUCUGCCCAGUCAGGCAUAACACAGUCUACUGCCCAUACCUCAUUCAGUGCAGGCUUACCUGAAGGAACCCACGGGGGUGGCUCUAUGAUUUCGCCGCUGGGCAGAGUAUCAUCAAUGAUGGGAUCAUCCUCAUCGCCUUUGCAACGCAAGAUGGCAGCUUAUCAGGCUGCCCUAGCUGCCGCCGCACACGAAGCUGCUGCCUCUGGUAAAUUUCAACGCAGCGCGUCACCUGUUCUGGAAGAUGAAGCGGAAGACGACUACGGCACCGAUGAUUUGGAUGAUACCGAGACUCAGGAGUCCACUGUGAAGAUUCAAGACGAUGUUGAAUACGCACCGAUGGACGACCUCGACAAUGACUUUGGCUACGAGAAUAUGGACGACUUUGAGCUCGACGAUGAUGCAAUCAUUGCAGAGGCUAAUGCCAGUGCGCUAGCAAAUGACUCAGACGGCUGGUAUGGCCAAGAGUUCGGCUUUUAUGCGGCCCCCUCGAGCCAGAACCAGAACCAGAACCAUGGGUCCUACAGCUCCAGUGCGUCAAGUGAUGUCGAAUAUCUCUAUGCAAGUGGUGGCUUCUUUGGACCCCGCGGUGACCUGGCCCGAUCCAAGAGUGGCCGCCUUAUCUCUCGCGAACCAAACCUCACACCCAUCACAGAACGCUCUGAAUACUCGAACCGAAACUCAAUUAUGAGCAUGGGAUUACCUCCCAUGGUUGGCGGUACACCAACGAUGCAGAGCCCUGGACUUGCACAGCUAGCGAUGAUGUCCGAGGAGGGCGAUGAGAUGACUCUGUCUGCACUACUACGUCUUCGCAACAGGGCUUGGGGGGGCUCGCAGGCGAGCCUUUCGUCGAGUCGUGAAGGCUCACCAAAGUCUGAACGAGGAGAGCUCCCGGGCGCUCCCUGGGCCGCCAUGCCUGCUGUAGGAACCUCCAUGCCGGGUUCCGCACACGGACGGAAAAACUCAUUCCUCUCGAGUGAAGGUCGUGAUUCCGAGCUGGGAAGUCUGCCUGCCAGUCCAACGAUGACAAUGGCCAAUGCUGCCAUUGGGUCGCAAAUGCAGGCCAACGCCCUGGCUGCAUUGCAACAGCAACAACAGCACAGCAAUCCCAUCCGCGGCCACUCGGCGCCUUCUACCUACCCUACACCUCGACCACAAAGCGGCCAGAGUGAGUCCGCCCCGGUCUCGGCCGCCCCCGGCUCGAGCUCCAACGAGUGGUCCUGGAAUCAGGAAGUCGGCAACAUGCCCCUGCGAGCUGUGUCGCUGUCGAGGAAUGGCAAUGGCCAUCGUCGUCAAAAGAGCUCGACGGACAGUAUCUCCUACAUCAUGGAGGAGGAGGAUAAUGGCGAGGCGCGUUGGGUCAUGGAGAGGCGCCGCACAGGAGUAGACAACGAAACGGAGUUGCUAGAGCGAGAAAUUAUUCCCGGUGGACGUAUAUAG